AUGUCAAACCAUGAUAUAUUCAGAGGUGAAGACACCCAAGUACAAUCUCCGAGUAAUUAUCAGAAUGUAGGAUCGAACGAUUCGCCAAUCUACAACAACGCCGCUUCCGAUCAGUGUCAGUGCCCCAAGAGACCACCACGUCUUCGACCAAACAUAACACGGGACGACCACAAUGUAGCCACAAGCAACUAUACUCACCAUUUUUGCAUUGCUGGACUGAUUCUAUCCACCAUCAUCGGUAUUGCCUUAACAGUCGCUGGCUCUCUAGACCGACGACAAGAUCGACUACUGCAUAAACCUUACGUCUUCAAGGAACUCGUCCCUCUGGGUCUCAAUCUCAUCGUUGUGGUAUGCACGGAAUCACUGGGUUACAUCCAUGCUAAAACACAGCAAUGGUCUCUGUGGGAGGAAGACCGACUCGAAUUCAACACGAAUAUCCGGCUUUUGAGUUAUGCACGAAAAUCAUGGGCGAACGGGAUUACCCUUAGUACUGCUAACUUACUCGCACUGACAAUGAGUUAUACGUCGACCUCGGCGAUUUUGUUGUCUGAAGCGCAGGAGCAUGAUACUACCAAAGGAAAGAUGGUGGAGUUGAGCUUCAGCAGGACUGGACCGAUCUGUCUGGGCAUCUCACUACUGGUACAGGCGACAAUUUGCUUCGUGGGACUGCGCACCACCAAGAUCAAGACUUGGUCUUCUCACCCACUGGUCGUUGCUACAAUUGUCCGGGAUCAUGGCCUGGAGUCAGCGAGGAACGGUCACAACCUGCAUCUGAGUUCUCAUCAUCAACAAAUCUCAGGGUUAUACUCCUCCCUCAAACAGCCUGCGUCUCAACCUUCAGCAUUUGAAUUCCAUCGAAGCAUACGAAUCCUGCUCUGGGCACUGGGUCUGACACUGUUGGUACUGAUCAUCUGGAUGUCCGUGGUGGUUCGAUACGCACUCACGGCAGACUCCGGCUCGUCGUGGGCUCUGCUCCCCAUUCGCAGUGGAGACAUCAAGUCUAGCUCUCCGUGGGUGAUACUCACCUUCUUCAACCGCAUCCCUGGACGAGAGAUGAGGGUCUUAGCACAAAUUGCCUUGACCAUGGUGAUCCAGCUCUUCGUCACCAUCGGCCUGCACAGCUCCGAGCUCGCCGUCCUCCUCAGCCGCGACGAAGACGCAUGGCGCGCCGCAAGCACCUCCCAUGGCACCGAUACUCGGUCUACGAGCUUCCUCACCGUGCUCAAGAGCUGGCAGAGCCUGAUACUGCUCUUCGCCAAGCCCGUCAUCCAUUGGAUAUAUGGUCUAGCCAUGUACAUCACAUACGACGGACUGGUGAUGAUAGCGCCGCAGCUCGUAUAUCUGAUCGGGCUGUGGCUGUUGUUGAUCUUCUUCGUGCUGUUCUUGAGUUUCAAGCGGCCAAGGGGCCUGCAGCCUGCGGCAUAUGGACAUCUUCCUACACUGGUGGAGUUUUUGGAUGAGUGCCACCAUGACGCUACGGGGCGGCUCUUCUGGAGCCCGAAAUUCGACCCUGCAUAUCAUAACGAUUCUGUAUCAGCUUGUUUUCGUUCUCCGGUUGCUGAGGGGCCGAAUAUGAUGGUGUCUUCUGAAAGCCUGGGGAUUUUUGGGUAUGAAAGACUCCGAAUGCCACAGUCUUUCAGGAAGCUGUCGAACACCAGGAGGGAAUCUUACGCGGAUUUUUGA